GGGAGUGACAUGGUCUUCUACAGGAAGUUACAUUAUUUAAUGUAUACGCACCCCCAGGGAGUGACAUGGUCUUCUACAGGAAGGUGUUUGAUUUAAUUGCCACAGAAACCUCUGGCACUCUUAUCUGUGGAGGGGACUUUAACACAAUUCUAAACUCAAAAUUGGACAGCACAAAUCAAAAUAGGAAAAUGAGUCUAGUUGCCAAAAAGAUCAAUAGGAUAUUGCAGGAUCCAGGACUGCUCGAUGUAUGGCUUGUGUAAGGAUUUAGGAUUAAUGCAUUUUAAACCCUCUACCAUAUUACUUAAGAUUGAAUUGUUUGAACAACAGCUGCUUUGUGUGUGUGUGUGUGUGUGUGUGUGUGUGUGACAAUAAUUGAGCAACAUGGUGUGACUUGCAUGUUGCAAAGCGGUGUACUGUUUAAUACAUUUGCCCUGCCUGUCUGUGUGUGUGACAAUAUUGAGCACAUGGUGUGACUUGCUGCAUGUUACAAAGUUGUGGUUAAUCAUGUAUAGGGAGGGGUGGUCAUCACGAGGUUUAACUGAGAUGGAAAAAUACUGAACAACACAAUAGCAGGAACUGAGCAACUGUUAUAACUAGGGUGUGAUACCAGAACAGUAAGAAUCUAUACAUUGACAGAGGGUGGACUCCAAGAAGCGCCAAGAGGCGGGGACCAGCCUGAGGGCCUGCGAUAGGCUGAGCAAGUCUAAACCACGCUCAGCCUCUACUGUGAUAGGCCAACAGACGAGUUGGAACUACGUCUAUCACAGUAUAAGAACAGCUGUUUACUUACAUCCUGUCAGUUCUCUGCUUGCCCUGCGUGCUUAUACAGUGAACCCGUAUAUACGAAAAUUGCAUUUACCAUUUAUUGCUUGAAUUUAAUUAAAGAUAAUUAACGACAGAUUCUGACUUUUAUUCUUCCUGAUACCGGAUUCGAAAGACGCAACCCUGGAUAAGAGCGUCUGCUAAAUGACUUAAAUGUAAAUAUCUGCCCCAAGGUGAGGAGCAUCAAACAGACAGAGCUGGAGCCCUUGGUGAGACGAGCAACCCAGAACAGAACUCACACAGGGAGUGAGGAAGCCCUAUAUGGAUGUGAUAGACGUCAGUUGGGGAGACCCACACGGAGGAGGGGUAAAACCCUUGACUUUUGUCCGACAGGUUCUUGCAGCCUGCAUAUACCCUGAGCUGGUCGAAAGUGAUAAACUGCCAGUGGAAGUUAAACAGAGGGCCCAAAGCCUACUGAGCGCAUGUGAUGGGGGCAGUGUAGGCUCAUACACACCCACUGGUGGUAUCUCUUAUAUACAGUGCAGUGUGUCCAACUUCAUCUCUCGACGAGAUGGUGGUGUACCAUCGUCCCCCGAGAAUAUCUUCAUGACAUCUGGCUCCCAGAGGUCUUUAAUGUUGGUUCUGAAGCUGUUGGUCCACAAUCAGGCCUCACUCCCGACAGGUGUGCUGACCGCUGUGCCCACCUACUCUUCCUUCAAAAUGAUGUUGCAAAGGCUCGGUGCAGCCGUUGUUCCCUACUACCUAGAUGAGGAGCAGGGUUGGGCAAUGGAGGUGGAGGAGCUACGCAGAGCAUUACAGGCCUCUAAGGGUGUCUGCAACACAGUUGCCCUGUAUGUCAUCAACCCGGGGAAUCCUACAGGUCAUGUUCAGAGCAGGAAGUGUAUUGAAAAGGUGAUCCGAUUCGCUGCUGAGGAGAGGCUCUUCAUCAUGGCUGAUGAGGUGUAUCAGGAAAGUGUGUUCGGGAAGGGCAGUGAGUUUGUCUCCUAUAAGAAGGUUCUGUCUGAGAUGGGGCCUCCUCUCUCUCACACAGUGGAGCUGGCCUCUUUCCACUCAGCAUCCAAAGGCUUCAUGGGAGAGUGUGGGCUACGCGGAGGGUACGUGGAGCUGGUGAACCUUGACCCCGCCGUCAUGAAGUACGCCUACACCAUCUUUUCCACUGACAUCUGUGCCCCUGUGACUGGUCAGCUAGCCCUGGAGCUCAUGGCUAACCCUCCCAGGCCAGGGGACCCCUCAUACCCGGUCUACGCCCAGGAGACCCAGUCUAUCCGGGCCAUGCUGGUCCAUAACAUGAACUGGGUCCCAGAGUUUCUGAACAAUAUCCCAGGGAUCAGCUGUCAGCCGAUGAUGGGAGGAGCUUUCGUAUUCCCCCGGCUGUAUCUACCCCAAGCAGCCAUUGAGAAGGCCAAGGUGGUGGGGAUGCAGCCUGACCUGUGGUACUGUACACGGUUACUAGAGGAGGCAGGAGUGUGUGUGGGACCGGGGUGUGAGUAUGGACAGAAGGAAGGCACCCACCACAUCAGACUGUGUGUCAUGACCCCAGUGGAAACCAUGGAAGAGGUACUGAAACGCCUGAAGAACUUCCACCUGCACUUCCUCAAGGAGUUCUCCUGAUAACUGGCUUCACCUUACAGCCCAAAGAUGAAUAAUACAUUUAACUUCAGACACAAUCACAGUACAGAGAAGAAAAUUGCAACCAGUAACAUUGUUUAACAUCUUUAUCUUUCAACAGACCAUAUUUAAAUAAUAAAUUAAGACAACACAUGACCUGAGUUGAAAAAUUCUGCAUUUGGAUUGAACAAAGUUGGGCGUGAGCGGCUUUUAACAUAAUUAUUAUGCUUCAAGUCAUGCAUGUCCACAGAAAAAACAUAUUCUCCGUAUUUUGUCAAACUUCGGCAUUAGAGAAUGAAACUACCUGUCUCAGACAGUGUAGAUCCCCUCUAAAUACUCAGACUCUUCUUAACAAUAAGAACGUUACCUUGUUAUGAUCUGCCAUUGUGGGGCAGAGAUAUUGGAACUAAGGGAAUAAGUGAAAGUUGAAAUUUUUAAGGUAAGGAUAGAUUUUGGCCAUAUUCUCUAACAUCCAAAGUCCAUCAUGUCAAUUCAAUACUUUCUAUGACUGUGAUAUGUUUGUCUCACUAGCUAUCAUAAAACGAAUGCAUUAACUGUAAGUCGCUCUGCAUUAGAACAUCUGCUAAAUUACUCAAAUGUAAAAAUGAUGACAAAUAAACAGACUUUUUAAAGCA